UAUCAUGUUCCUGAGGGGUGGGGGCGUUAUGGAGAUCCUCAAUAAGCGGAUGGUCAGAUGAAAUGGCACACAGAGGAAACAUGAACUCCUCGAGCAUUUACAGCACACUCGGACGCUUGUUCCCUAACAACUUUUCUCUUUGGGGGCAUCUCCAGAAGAACUGGACCACCCAUGAUUUGACGCCUUUCUCCAUCGACUUUCUGUUUGCGGGCCAUGAACCGGACACUAUAGUUUUAAUGGUGAUGUAUGUGCUAUCAUUCGUGACCGGACUGGUGGGGAAUAUAAUGGCUCUGUGGGUCCUGACGCGCCGGAGGAAUCGCUUGUCUGGAGCGUCAGCCACCAGGAGACUCCUGGUCAACCUGGCGGUGUGCGACAUGAUGGUGGUGUGCGUCUGCAUGCCGGUUAAUUUAGGACUUCAGGUGUACAACGCCUGGGUGUUUGGAGAGUUUCUGUGUCGAGCUGUGCCGUUCGUUCAAGCGGUAUCAGUCUCGGCCAGUGUUCUGAGUCUGGCCGCGAUCAGUUUGAACAGAUACUACAGCGUCCACAGUCCCCUGCACGCCAGAUCUUUCUUCACGACCAGCAGAAUGAUAUGCAUGAUAGCUGUGGUGUGGAUCGUAUCUUCUGCACUAUGUUUGCCGUUGUUUUUCAUGAACACGACUAAGACGCUUUCCCUACUAGACGGGCUGCAUACAGUGACUGUGUGCGUGGAGAGCUGGUCUAAAAUCAAACUGCGCCAGGGUUACAACUUUUUGCUCUUCUGCGCGUUGUAUGGAUUCCCGGUGGUCUUUAACCUGGUCAUUUGCUUUUUGACCGGUUGGAAAUUGAGUAGAGGAGGCACAUCAUCAAUAUCAGAUCCAAACCAGCUAGCGCAAACCUCUUCAAGAUCGCGCCUGAAGACGCGCAAGAGGAUCGCCAAAAUGGUCUUUGCGCUCGUGUUGCUGUUCACUUUCUCCUGGCUGCCGCUUUAUGCCGUGGACAUCUGGAUCGACUCCAACAUUCCCAGCUCCCCUGAUCGAAACGACGAGCUGAGCAACGUCGAACAUCAUUGGAUUCUCCAGAGCAGACCCUUUGCGCAAUGGCUGGGUCUCACCAACUCAUCCCUCAAUCCUCUUUGCUACUGCUUCAUCGGAAACUUGUACAGAUCGGCCAAAAGGUUCAGAGAGAGCUACAGAGAGAAGAUUUCAUCUGUCAUGAGUUUGACCAAUAGGUCUUCGAUAAGAAAUUCUGCCUCUAAAAUCCAGCAGCGCAACUCUGGCUCGUCUGCGAGAUUUUCUUCAGAAACAAGGAGCUACACUGUGUUCAGACUGACCAGAAGUAAAAGCGUGUCUGCAACGACUGUGUGUGAGAGUAUUUAACUGAGAAUCAAUGUAAUACAGACUUGAAACAAUCAUGGAAAUAUGAAAAAGGUGACAGUUAUUGUUA